AUUUGAUUUCGGGCGGUGGAAGGAUAAGGCCACUCGCAAAUCUUGGGCCUUCUCUUUCGGAUUCAAUGGCGACAGCUCCGUCGGGACCGUCGACUUCCAUAGCAGGGACCGUUACAAUGCGCAGAGAUGGGGGAGAGAGUCGAGUCGCGACUAGACACGUGAUUCAUCAAUCUCUUUCCCUCUCUCAUCCUGAUGUUCGGGGCAUUCCGUGCCUCCCAUGUGAAUCAAGGCGGUCUUCUCUGGAAAUCCCCAUGGAAAUUGUCAACCACACGCAAAGCAAAUGUCCGCUCGAGAUUAAAAAAGGUGGACGCUGUCAUUGAGGCGGUCAGGUCUAGCGGUGUUCAGUGUCAUUCCCUGGACCGAGCACUGGACCUUCCGAAAGAGCAUGAAAUGCCCGCCAAAGACAAGUACACGGUCUUUUCACCACACACGAACGGCUACAGGAAGGGAAUUCAUAAAGUUCCCAAAUGGACAAGGCUCACACAACGAACGAACCCGAAGGGUUUCUGACGAUGUAUCGCUACUACUAUAUCAGAAGAGCACCACUCGAAUCUUUCCAGCUUUGAUUCCUUGGAGAAUCUGUGGGGCGCCCAGCACUGUUUUGAAUACCUGUGCUCAAUGUGUCAGAUCAUGGGGGGGAUUAAUACUCAACACGGACCUCGUCUCGAACCUCUGGAAUUUCGAACAUGUUACGCUUCUUGGUAUCCCGGAAGGAUACAUCCAGUAUGAUGUGUGUGAGGGCUGAAACCGCAAGGGAAUCUGCGAAAGACUGUAACUCGCGCAUUCUGCUGGACAUUUAUGGUCGACUGACCUGUCUCGCAAAGCAAUUGACCGAUCCUCCCUGGUGUACCAGCUGCAGCCCCGAUCUUAUUUCGUCGCAGGUAAUCGACAUGCUGUGCCAGCUUGAAGUGCUUUGCGAAUAGUUUGGCUACAUCGCCUCCCUUGUCGCCUCUAAGCUUCUUGUCUCGCAGAAUGCGCGUCACAUCGGCCACGCGGAGUGCUGCUGUAGCCAGGAAGAGGAGAGUGGGUGCUCCGUUUGUCUUGGAUCGUUGACCCAGUCUAAUGCGAAGGUCGGGAAUGACUGUACUACACAUUGAGCACGCAUGACUGAACAAGCAUGCACCGCACCUUUGACUAUGAAAUCCACCAAGUUAUCUAAUGUUCUCGGGCCCGUCCAUGCGGAUGUAUCCACGAUUGCAUCGACUUGGUCGAGAAUCAGAUCGUUUGAACGGAAAGUGGGGGCGAUCGGUACCCGGUAUGCGUGCAUCCUCAAGUUCCAACGCCGACAACUUAGAGAAAGCUUUCUUUUGUAGCGAGGCGAGGUACUCUGCAAGUGCAGGAGGAGAUUGGUCGGUGGUGGUGGUGCCCUCUGCACUGCUCCCUCUCGUAGGCGCUUCGAGCAAUAGUUUGCGCUU